AUGAACAUCCUGGUACUCUACGCUGUGAAGAAGGAGCGGACCCUCCACACCGUGACCAACAUAGUGACCAACAUAGUGACCAACAUAGUGACCAACAUAAUGACUAACAUAAUGACCAACAUAGUGAAUAACACAGUGACUAACACAGUGACUAACACAGUGACUGACAUAGUGACUAACAUAGUGACCAACAUAAUGACUAACAUAGUGACCAACAUAGUGACCAACAUAGUGACCAACAUAGUGACCAACAUAGUGACUAACACAGUGACCAACAUAGUGACCAACACAGUGACUAACAUAGUGACUAACACAGUGACCAACAUAGUGACCAACACAGUGACCAACAUAUACAGUCUCCUCGGGCCGGUGUACAUGGCAACACCUUACGCACUGGUGUCCCGGUUCGAAACCCAGCCCACGUCGGGGUUAUUCACCUCCCGCACUGGUCAGGGCUACGGGGAGUAUUCAACAGGUAAGGUUGGGCAGGCCGUGCUCAAGGGGAGCCAGUAUCGCCUGCACGGUCCGGUAUAUCGGCGCACCUUCCGCGCCCAGCCAGUCAAGUCAGUGCCUAACCACCGCAACACAGGCUUCCAGUGCGUCUCCAGAAGGCCUGUCCUCUCCACGCACUCUCCCUGUGGUGCGUGUCUCCAGCCCAGUACUCCAGUGCGGCACACGCCAAGCCUCCUGUGCGUUCUCUCCAGAGCCGUACAACACAUGUUCUUCUCCCGACGUCGCCUUGAGGCCUACUGUGCGCCUCAAGCAGGCUCAGAGUCCGGCCGUUGCCACCGCCUGCACAUGCCUUGCCCUGCCCAGCGGUCCCUGGAGCUCAUCCGUUCUGCCCAGCGGACCUUGUCUCUCCAGGGUGGUCCUGACGGGGGAGCAGACAGCCUAGGGGGAGGCCCCUACUCCAAGUGGCCCGGCAGCCCCAACUCCCACAGCAACGAUGACUUUGAUUCAUGGAGCGGUUUCCGGCCGCGCACCUCCUCCAACGCCAGCACGCUCAGCGGUCGCCUCUCGCCCUUCAUGCCCGAGGACGACCUCGGAGACGGGGACGUGCACAUGGGCUACCCAGGAUCCUCUGGGGCCAAGAUGGCGAGCACAUUGCCCAGCCUGUCAGAGAUGGCGAGUUCUCUAGGCCACCACCACCACCACCACAGCUCAGAGAACCUUAUGGAGAACCUUCUGGAUAACCUGAACCUCCUCUCUCCCAAGAACACCCAGGUUGGAGGAGGAGGGGGUGCGGGACAGGGGUCAUCCCAGAACUCCCCUUCCCCCCUGAUGCAGGCCAGCCCCGGGGUAGGGGUGGGCUACCCCUCCUACUCCUCUCCCUCCAUGGUCCCCCAGCAACAACCCCAGCAGCAGCAGGACUACCGCAAGUGUCGGUACAGCCAGGCAAGGAUGAAUGCUCUCUCCCCCAUGUCCCCCAACCCCAUGCAAACCCUGGGGGACAUCAAGUCCAGCUUCAGCCCAUCGUCUCUGGGUCAAUAUAACUGUCCUGCCGGCCUCCUCAAGGAGCUCCUGACCUCAGACUCUGACCCCCACGGGGACAUGAUGCCCUCGGUCGACACGGUGGUCUCUCAGUCUAGUGCAGGGCGAGGCAGCGUACUACCUUCAUAUAAUGCCUCUCAGCACGGAGGAGGAGGAGGAGGAGGAGGAAGAGGCGGGAGUCUUCACCCCCACCCACACUCUCACUCUCACCCCCACGGCCUCCCUCAUUCCCAAACCCACCCUCACCUCCACAACCGAACCCCACCCACUUCUGUCUCGUCCAUGAACGGCUGCAACCUGAUGUCUCUGAGCAGUUUGAGCCACAGCGGGGGAGGGGGUAACGGAACCCGCCUGGGGGUCAAGAACCCCAUGCAGGUGCCCUACGGUCUCUCUACCCAUGGAGGACCAGGGGAGAUGCCCGGUGGGUUCUGCCCCAUCAACACUAACGGAUAUGGGCGUCCCGGCCUGGGUCUACCCCCCGCCCCCCACCACCACCACCACCUGGAGAAACUGCCCAGCGAUCUGGACGACAUGUCCAUUGAGAGGUUCGAGUGUGAUAUGGAAUCCAUCCUUCAUGACACCCUGAUGGACGGAGACUCGCUGGACUUCAACUUUGAACCCAUGGUGACCUCACAGGGGUUCACGACCCAUGGGGUCAAGACGACCACGCAUGGCUGGGUGUCGGGGUAGAGGACGGAUGGACAUGCACUCUCUUAAACAACAUAUACACGAUGGAAGGACACGUGGACUGACGGACACACACACACACACAGCUGGGUGUCUGAGUAGAGAACCAACAAACGAUCGCACACACACACACACACACACACACACACACACUCUCUCUAACACACCCACAGUUGUGUGUUUGAAUAGAGGACGGACUCUCUCAUACAUAGAGGAUCCUCUCUGACCAUCUUUCCUUCCAUCUGGUCUACCAGCUGACCUCCUCUUCAUGUUGCUUUUUAUUACAGGGUCAUAAACACUUAAAGCAUCUCAGAAUCACCAUGGAAACUAACUGGCAGAGCAAAAAAUUCCCCCCCUCCCGCCCUCACCUUCUCCCUCCGUCCUUCUAACGGUGCCCUAGUCAGUGACAUGCAUCAUCUUCAUCACCAUCAUCAUUGUCAUCAUUAUCAUCGCCGUCGUCCUCAUCAUCGUCAUCACAGAUAUUAUGGUCACAAAAGACUUCUCUCUGGUCGAAGCAGUCAGACAGUCAGUCAGACAGACAGACAGACAGACAGACAGACAGACAGACAGACAUUCACACAGUCAG